GCUAACCGGAAGUGCUGGAGUUUGGCACAGUUGCUGCUCUGUGUGGCUCAGGAUGUGCUGUAGGUAGUUGUGGUGCAGUGUCUCCAUCCCAGCCAACUGAGAGAAUAUGGUGAGAUUCUGGGAAUGGGGAUCUCCUGCGUUAUCUGUUGUAGCUGAGCAGAAUCUCAUCUCAAUUCUCCCACUGUGUGAUCAGUGCUUACUAACUAACUUACUACUGCCCCCUCUGUACCCAGUGCCCCCUCUGUACCCAGUGCCCCCUCUGUACCCAGUGCCCCCUCUGUACCCAGUGCCCCCUCUGUACCCAGUGCCCCUCUGUGCCCAGUGCCCCUCUGUACCCAGUGUGCCCCUCUGUACCCAGUGCCCCCUGUACCCACUGCCCCCUCUGUACCCAGUGCCCCCCUGUACCCACUGCCCCCUCUGUACCCAGUGCCCCCUGUACCUACUGUACCCAGUGCCCCCUCUGUACCUACUGCCCCCUCUGUUCCCACUGCUCCCUCUGUCUGUGCCCAGUGCCCCUUCUGUCUGCUCUGUGCCCACUGCUUCCUCUGUCUGCUCUGUACCCAGUGCCCCUUCUGUCUGCUCUGUGCCCACUGCUCCCUCUGUCAGCUCUCGUUCACAGUGCCCUUUCUGUCUGCUCUGUGCCCACUGCUCCUUUCUGUCUGCUCUGUGCCCACUGUCUGCUCUGUUCUGCCCAUUCUGUCUGCUCUGUGCCCACAGCCCCUUCUGUCUGCUCUGUGCCCAGUGCCCAUUAUGUCUGCUCUGUGUUCAGUGCCCAUUCUGUCUGCUCUGUGCCCACAGCCCCUUCUGUCUGCUCUGUGCCCACAGCCCCUUUUUUGCUCUGUGUCCGCAGCCCCCUCUUUCUGCUCUGUAUCCUCUCUUUUUGAUUGUGCCCAGUGUUCCCCCACACACACUUUAUGCACUGUGAGCUUCCUAUGCCUCCUCACAACUUUCUCAUUCUACCAAGUCCUUGCGUUACCUUCACCCCAUGUUGUUUUACACCCUCACUUUGACUUAAAAAAUGUUUGUGUUUUUUUCCCCUCCUUUUCUAGGCUAUGAGUUACCAAAACCUCUUUUCAUUAGAAUCUGAAGAAUUUGAUGAUGAGGUAAGCCCUUGAUAGUAUAAUGAUUUCACAAAUAAUCAAAAUGAUAUGAAACAUGCUUUAUUUUACUGUCAUUGAAAUAAUAAAAAUCAUUGUUACCCAAGCAUACUUCACUUUCUGGAAUGUAAUCCUGUGAGCACAGGUGAUAGUCAAUUAGAAAGGAGCACAGGAAGAGCCCCAGUGUUAAUCAAAACACACCUGUCUUCUUAUUUACAGUCGGUGAAUUGCAAUUUAUACUGUGCCCACGUUCAUUAUUAAUGGAUACUAACUACAUUUUCAUACAUUAAUGGGAAGCUCCAGACUGAAUUUAACCCAUUUAGAUGCAUUAUAUAGCUAAAUAUAGUAUAUUUUGAUGUGUAAGGCUAGGCAUCAUUUGAAUCUGAUAUUUGUGGGAGUUCUAAUCACUUUGCAGCAAACAUUUAUGUGCCUGAAGUAGACCUUUAGGUUAUAAGUUCACUCAGGGUUGUUAACAAAGUGUAUUUAGAUUUACAAUUGAUAUACAUAGCUUAAAGGGACACUCCCGACACCAAUCUUUAUUGCAUUUCAUAUAUUUUGUAUCUUAUUAAAAUCCUGUUUUUUGGGUUUUUUCUGCAUGCUGAAAUCUAUAGUUUUUGCACACAAUAAAUGUUUAGCAGAAUUCUGCACAAUAAACCCGCCUCUUUAGCCACACACCCUCAAAAAACUUCCUGUAGCUAAUAAAGCAGCUGUAUGGUGCAGAAUUCUGCAAAACAUUUUUUUAUUUUAUGUAAAAACUAUAAAGAUUUGAGCAUGUUAACCAACCCCCCACCCCAAUGGAGUGUCCCUUUAAUCCUGCCAAGUCUGUAUUAUUAACACUAAAGUGCCUCUGUGCAGCCCCCUCCCUCCAGUCAUGAGUGCGGUAAAAAACAUUUCACUUACCUGAUUUUAGCUCAGAGGGACUUGUCUACUCCUCCCGCAACGUCACGGCGAUGGAAGACCAAAUGCGCAUGCACAGCAAGCACCUUGUGUGUUUUAGACCUUCUCCAUAGGAAAGCAUUGAAUCAAUACUUUUCUAUGGGGAUUUUCAAGACGCUUGUUGCCCUCUUGCAAAGCGUGAGGACGUCCAGUGGACACUGCACCCAGAGUGUACAGGAACUUGACCCAGAUCACAUCAAUCAGAUAAAGUGGUCUGGGUGCCUUUAGUGUCUCUUUAAGCUGAAUGCCUCCAGAUGUCUUGUUAGGAUUCUAAAUUAUAUGCUGCCACUAUUUGCAACAUUUGGCCUGUCUCCAUGAAUUAUUUAAACCAUACAAAAUAUGAUGACGUCUAUCAAUUGUUGUAUAUGUCUCCACUUUAAAUUAAUGUAUGGAUGGUUCUUUUUUUUUUUUGUAGGACUUUGUUUCUGUUUUGGAGGAUGCAGAGAGCAAAACCCCCACCUUGGUGCCCCCUAACAUCAAACUUCUAAGACCCAUCUCUCAUAAUGCCUGCCAGGCCCUUGAGAACCCUCACGGCCGUGGGCUUCAACCUUGCUUUCAACCUUGCUCCUCUACUCACACUGCGUCGCCUGUUGCUCAGGAUGUUGAUGAUGAAGAACUGUUGUCUAUGUGCAGUGAGUUGGAGGAGGUGAGAGCAGGACCUGGACAGCUUUCCCAAUCUAGGAGUUUCACGGAGAUGCCUGUUGGUGUGUCUAAGCAGAACUCUUUUUCAAAUGUCUCCUCUACCAACCAAUGGUGGCCAAAUGAAAAUACACACUUCCAGAGUCCACGACCAUGUUUGCGGGAUAUACCUGGGGCUCAGCCUGGCAUGGUUAAAAGUUUCAAUAUUCAUACCAGUUCCCCGCGUAUUCUACAGGAGCAUUGUGUUGGGGGGAGUUUUGGACAAAGUGUAAACACUUCUUCAGUGGAACCCUCAGCUAAGAGACCCUGUUUUAGGAUCAUCCCAGAGGCAUCAGCAAAAGGCCCAGCUGUUACCCAUUCUUCGCCACACCUGCAAAUGCAGCUAUCUGAGCAACACAUGAAUCGUAAGGUUCUAACUGGCUGCACGUUACUAAAUGUUAACGACCAGGCUGGUCAGCAUGUCACUCCAAUUAAGCAUCUACAUGGAACACCCCAAAUGUCAAAGACAAUGUUUUCCUCUCCACAUGUGACCACAUCGAACUCUCUGCAGACACCCUUAGUCACCAAUCACUUGGUGCAGUUGGUCACAGCAGCUAAUCAGACUUCACGGAGGUUAUCUUGGGAGACUGCUUCCCCAAAGGAGAGAAAGUUCCCUGGUCCUGCAGGUCUUCUCCCACAACAGGUGACAAUCCUGUGACUCAGUCUGUAGUGAUUUCAUUAGGGUAGAAUGAUUACAUUUAAAAUGUUGCUGCUUGAAACCUUCAAUAUUAGAAAAAAUAUAUAUUUAAAGGAUUACUCCAAGCAUCAUGACCACUUCGGUGAUUUUGUCUAGAGUUUGUGUGUGCAGUAAUUCUCUAUAAAGUACUGCAAAAACUUUAACUCCUUUGCUCCCGGAAGUGUAAUGUCACCUCUAAAAGCUCAGAACAGAGUUCUGUGUUGACUAAUGUCAAUUCUGAAAAACAGAUGAAAGAACAUGUUUGUAUAUUUGGAAUUGGCUUAAAGGGAUACUAUAGUACUAGGAAUACAAAUCUGUAUUCCUGGCACUAUAUCUCUCUCGUGCCUCCCCGUACUGUAAGGGUUAAUAAACUCUUACUGUUCUUAACUAUUUCCAGCUCUGAUCUCCCUCACUACUCUGCCUUUUCCAAUGUCACCCGAUGGGAGACGCUAAGGUGCAUGCGCGGCAAGUAAUGUGAGCGCUUUAAGCCCUCCCUUUUUUGGAAAGCAUUGCUGCAAUGGGGAUUUUACCAACGAUGGAUGUCCUCAUGCAGAGCGUGAGGACGUCCAACAUCAGUUAGGUGACCUAGGUCUCCUAACAAGCAGGAAGUGUCUCUAGUGGCUGUUUGAUUGACAACAACGAGAGGCAGUCUUAACACUGCAGUAUAAUUAUUUAAGUUUCUCAGAUACUGCAAUAAUUAUCAUGGCAGGGUUAAGGAGACAGGGACAUUGCACCCAGUCCAUUUCAAUGAAUUGAAGUGGUCUGGGUGCCUAUAGUGUCCCUUUAACACUAUAUGGCCAUAUGGUGUAACCAAACCCUAUUGUGCUAGGGUGUGGAAAUGUUAAAAAAAAAAAAAAAGUACUUGUCCAUGGGGCUAAAGUGGAAACCAAAUCCACUUGUCCCUCAUGACAUGCUACAAAAAUAAUUUUAGUUGGCAAUACUGGGGCCCCUACAAUGUUUAGUCUGCCUGGCUGUGUUUAGUAUGUGGUGUGCCCUGGCUGUAUGUAAUAUGUUUGUAAUGGUGAUCUGUGUUGUGCCCCCUCCCUCCUUAGUGCUUACCUUUCUUGCAGAGGUGAGGCUAUGAUCUCUGGUGGUCCAGCAGAGGGUAAAAAAGCAGAGGUUAAAAUUACAGCAGUGAUUAGAUUGGAAAGCAGAUGCCGAGCUGACAUUAGGUGGUCGGCAGCUCUUUAGGGUGCAAAGCACAGUCAUUGCUCCCUCACAUUCCAGUGCUCAUUAGUGAGGGCAGGACAGUGAGGGGGCGAUUACUGUGCUCUGUACCUGAUGGAACUGCACACCAUAAGCUGCUCCUUUAAAUACAUGUCCUCUCAAAUGUCAUUUUCCAACAGGUUACCGCAAGCACUCUUUUCCUGCUAAAAAAACUGAAUUCUAGAACUGGGGUUUCCUGCAGAAUGACCAUAACACACAUGGGAACUAUGAUUUCUGGAGCAAUUCUUUGCACAAUGUUUUAUCCUUGGUCUAACAUGUUCUCACUAUUGUCCCCAGGCCAGUGGCCGCAUGUUGGAAGAGAUCAUGGUGUCUGCUCCUCACACACCAAACCACGGAGCAAGAUCCAAGCUAUGCAGCAAGGUACUCCAGUUUCUGCUUAACUUCUUCUGCACUGUUCUUUUCUGUACAUUUUGAAGUAUUCGCUAAAGCGGGUGCCUAAAACUCUGUGAAGAUCCUGCCAACAAGGCCUCUUGGUCUCAGAUGUUCAACUGAGAUUCAAUCUCAGUUGAACUUCUCAUACAUUUCCUAAAUUAAAAUAGAUCCACGCACACUCAUCUGACGGGUACACAGUCCUCAGUCCUGGAAAGAAUUAACAUGCGCAGAGUCCAUAGUAGUGAUGGUCCCUGGGGAGAUCACUUACGAACCUGGCUACGCUGUGCUAAUACUUCACUUCUUGACUUGUUAGCCUUUUUCUAAUGUGAAGUUCCAUUUUCUUUUAAAUUUAUAUUAAGGAUUUGUCAGUCAACAUCUCAGUCCAGGCACAGCCAGGGCACAUAUUGCAUUGAAGGAGGAGAAACAUUCUUUCUGUUUCUCCUUACUCAACGUUGACUGACAGGAGCAAACAGCAGAGCUUAUACAGUGAUUGACAGAGGACCAAGAUGGUGUCACACAGUUUCAAGAUAAAGGGAAAAACAGAAGUGUGAAAUUCUACAUUUAACUUUGUUUCAGACCUCACAGUCACAAAUAUGUAACUCGUCUGCUUUCAUAGAAACAUGGAAUGUGACGGCAGAUAAGAACCAUUCAGCCCAUCUAGUCUGCCCAAUUUUCUAAAUACUUUCAUUAGUCCCUGGCCUUAUCUUAUAGUUAGGAUAGCCUUAUGCCUAUCCCACGCAUGCUUAAACUUCUUUACUGUGUUUUUUCAGCUGGAAGGCUAUUUCAUGCAUCCACUACCCUCUCAGUAAAGUAAUACUUCCGGAUAUUAUUUUUAAACCUUUGCCACUCUAAUUUAAGACUAUGUCCUCUUGUUGUGGUAGUUUUUCCUCCUUUUAAAUAUAGUCUCCUCCUUUACUGUGUUGAUUCCCCUUGGUUAAUAGACCUAUAGACUUUUUUACGACUUCUAUUGCUUCUGUCUUCAUGCUGUUAUAGUUAUUUAUGUAGCACCAACCUAUACCGCAGCGCUUGUGCAAUAAGUAAGCAAGGGAAACCUUUAUUUCUAACAAAGCAUGUUUGACAUACGGCAACAAUAGGUGAAGAGGGUCCUGGCCAAAUGAGCUUACACUCUAAUCUAUUGUCUUGCCUUUAACCUGUCCAUAGAAUAGCUCUGGGGAAGGCUGCGAGUGGUUAUUUUCUUUAAAGACAUUUGUUUUGCAGGAAGAGGUGACGUCCCAACAGCCAGUGGAAGAGGAUUUUAUUAAAGGUCCGUGGGCGACCAUGAAAGCGGAAUUAGCUGUGGAUGAGAAUGAUCCCAACUGCUUCCUGCGGACGUACAGUGUGAUCAUGGUGUUACGGAAGGUAAAAAUCCUCAGGGCAGUAUUUUAUUUUCCUUGGCAAAUGACUGCUCACUAUUUACAUAAGAACCAUAAUUUAUUCCUGUGACACUUUGAAUUCAUGUAAAAGAUUAUGGAAUUGGCUUUUUAAAUAGAUUUCACUAGGAUUCCAUUCUUUCUCAUUACUGUCUUAACACAUAAUGGGUAGCAUUGAAAUAUACAAGUAACUGCCUACUAAUACAAGGAAAAACUUGGCUGAACCCAUUAAAAUCUCUAGGUUGUAGAUUUGGUUCUCUUUGGGGUGAUUCAGAUUUUAAGGGGAUAUUUUACUCACUAUAAUCACUACAGUUCUCUGUAGUGGUAAACUGGUCAACAGUCUCCAGGACCUGUGCUCUGUAUUUUUAUUUAUUUUUUCCAAACUGUUUUAAAGCAGUUUGACAAAAAUCAGGUCUCUUGGAGAUCUAUUAGACUCAUUGCCCUGUAUCCCCUGGCAGGCAGCCCUGAAGCAGCUCCAAAAAAACAAGGUUCCCCGAAUGGCAGUGACUCUUAAAUCCCUGACCCCAGCUAACGGAGACGCGAGUGCAGUGUUCAGAGACCCCACAGGUAAGGAUGACGCGAGAGGAAGACUGUACUUGGCUUGUGUGUUGCAUCACCAAGUUUACCAGCUCUCCUAUCUUUGUACACGUCCUCUCCUUUCCCUCUUGGUUUCUCCGUAGUGCCUGUGUGGAAUGAGAUGGGACAUAGAUGGGAUUAUUUUUUGGUUUCAGGACGUGACCUCUUGGGAUUCGCACUUGGUGAGAAAUAGUAACUGUUCUCUAUGUCUUCUUUACUAAUUCUUCUCCAGGAGACAUUCAAGGAACAAUUCAUCACAUGCUGCUGGAGGAGCGGGAGAGUGAGUUAAAGAUUGGCAGUGUGCUUCUCUUACAACAGGUACAGCCAACAAACAACUCAAUGCAGCGAAGAAACCUAUCGAUAGGCUGGUUCUAGAUCGCUGUACAAGUAUACAUAGGGAAUGUAAGAUAACCAAUGAAAAAUCCUCCCAACCCCACUUUAUAUAACUGGGAGCUAAAUGGCUAAAUCGACUUUGUGUUUUUACUAGUCAUCGCACUGGUAACUUACAGCAUAUUGAUUCUAAACCCAGUCUUCAAAGACUAACAGUGUUCCAUGAUUUGUGGAAAUGUUGCUUCUUAGAAAAUUGUCAAUUCCUAAAUAAUUUGAUACCAAUUCCAGCACAGUGAUUUUUUUUUUUAUAUGUAGAUCUUGAAUGGGUGCUAUGUCUAAUAAGUUACCCUUUAGUUAAAGGACCACUAUAGUGCCAGGAAAACAUACUCGUUUUCCUGGCACUAUAGUGCCCUGAGGGUGCCCCCACCCUCAGGGACCCCCUCCCGCCCGGCUGGAUGGAGAGGAAGGGGUUAAACUUACCUCUUUCUCCAGCGCCGGGCGGGGAGCUCUCCUCCUCCUCUCCGCCUCCUCUCCUCCCAUUCAGCUGAAUGCGCACGCGCGGUAAGAGCUGCGCGCGCGUUCAGCCGGUCUCAUAGGAAAGCAUUUACAUUGCUUUCCUAUGGAUGCUUGCGUGUUCACUGUGAUUUUCACAGUGAGAAUCACGCAAACACCUCUAGCGGCUGUCAAUGAGACAGCCACUAGAGGCUUUAGAGGCUGGAUUAACCCAUUUAUAAACAUAGCAGUUUCUCUGAAACUGCUAUGUUUAUAAAAAAAAAUGGGUUAUCCCUAGCUGGACCUGGCACCCAGACCAUUUCAUUAAGCUGAAGUGGUCUGGGUGCCUAGAGUGGUCCUUUAACAUUAUUAUUUUCUAACAUUCUAAGGUUACGUUUAGCCAAUUCUAGUUGACAUUUGAUAAAGCUGUCUUGCCAACAAUAUGGUUUCCUGGACACUGCAUGUAAUGUACCCCACACAUACUGGAUCACAGAAGCGUAUCCCCAGAUGCCUAUAGUGGGCCAAGUCCUUAUCAAAGGAAUAUGAUUUACUUAACGGAUCCUUCUGUCCUCAGGUUGGUGUCUUUUCUCCAUCGCAUCGUAACCACUAUCUUAAUGUGACCCCCAGCAACAUUGUGAAAAUCUACCCUCCGGGGCAGGAAGGCGGGUGUACAAGGGUAAGUAGUGAUAGCAUUACUGUAUGGUGCAGCACUUCAAAUGUGUUGAAUAGUGCAAUACAUAAACAAUACUAUAAUGAGCUGUUGUAUUGGAGUACCAUUGUUGUUUAAUAGCAAUAAGACCGCACCAUGGGUUGGGGAAAUAAAGAUGUUCUGUUAUUAUUUUGCACUUACCAUCUGCUCUCCUUUCAACAUUAUGUAGAAAUAUUUUGCCAUUGUCCUCUUAGCUUACAGUACCACCAGCGUCUGAUGGCAAGAUUGAUAUAAACUCUAACAGAACCCCAUCACGACCUCCGCCAUCUUCAAGCACAACACUGAAUGAAGCUCCCCAAAUAUCCGCCCCUGAAGACUGGGGAGAGGGUGAGUGCGGCCAUACCUAGUAUUUUCUCCCUGUCUGCCUUCCUGAUUUCGGUCAGUGGGAUUGUAGAUUAAAGUGUAAAUUCAAAUUGAACGUCAAAUCUGAGACCCAAGUAGUCAAACAGGUAGCAUAUCUAACUUAGAGAAUGUUUUCAGUUCAGCUAUUUUUAACUUGAAUUUGAAAUUCACUUUGAAUUCUCACGUUAGUAAAUAACCCUACAGGUGUAGCUGGAGAUCAUCUCUUUGAUUUACUAGAAUAUUAUUAUACAAAAAGUAUUUCCCUGGAUCCUGGAAUUGUCAAACAGAUUCUUUCAGCAUGCCCUUCUUCCUUGACCUGCUUUCGGCUAACCUUUCCAACUGUCUGAACUUCUUCGUUGUUUUAUCUGUCUAUGCAGAUGACCUCGACGCUCUCUUAUGGGACAUGUCUGAAGAUCCAGGGGACUGACAUCUCUAGACCAACUCAUCCUUAAACCCUGACUGCAACAACGGGAUCUGUUACUCUUUCUAAGACUCUCCCAGCUGUAGAAGAGGUUACUUUAGGAUCUUCCAAAUAUCAGAUGCUAACCUUCCCCCACUUGCUGCAGAGACCGUGCUGGAUUGGGUUCUCCCUACAUGAUGGCAAUUAGAUUUGAACUAUUGGGUCAUCAGAACCAGACAAUAUUGCUGCAGUUUGUGAAAUCAGACUUCAGGCCACUUGGUUAAGAUUUAAAGGACAGCAUUUGUAUUUGUUGCCUGACUGGCCAUCAAGAUGAAUCAUUUUGAGCACCUUACCCAACUUCGGACUUUAAUUUUUGCCAUCAUUUGCCUAGUGUGAUACCAUGUCAUUCCUUUUACUGCCUGGUGGUACAAGGCAAACAUUUUAUAAAUGGUACUGGUGCUUAAAAAUAAAAGUAUUUGCAAUUAUUAUAGAAUUCACAUGCAGGGUAAGGCAUGGAAUGCUCUGAGCGUCAUAUCCAGUUAGAGCAACAGAAUACGGAAAGCCCUGCUCUUGUGCAAUAGGAGGCCAGAUCCAUCCCUUUUAAUUUGUUACCAAAACUGGAUGUAAUCACAGCACAACAGAUAUUUCUAGAUCUCCUAGUCCUUUUUAUUUUACCCGCUCUAUUCGUUUAGUUUUGUCUUCUUGUUUUUUUUGGAUUUUGUUUAGUUUAACAUGUCUCUGAUGGUAUUUGUUACCCACGUUUCAAGAUACAUUAAAAGGAGAUGUAUUGUACUCAGAGCUUAUUAUAUGGAGCAGAUACAUUUAUUUGCACUGUUCAAGUGACACAAGGAGGUGAAAAAUUCAUCUUUCCCACAUAAUUAACUAACAUGAAUACAUACAAUUGUACAUGAAGUCAUUUUUUUUUUUUUUUGCAUAUUUUGAUUUUCUUACAUCUGAGGUUUGUGUUUAAUUGAUUAAUUGGUUUCUGAUCUGUCUGG